AUGCGAGAACAGCUCGAAGAAUCUGAUUUCGAGCAGCAGGCGCCCACCAAAAACCUCCAGAAAAUCACUGCACCCAAGGGAUUUAUUGCUAAAAUCCAACUACUAAGCCGCACUAAACCGCUAAGAACAGCAAGACGUGAAGACGAAUAUGAGAACCUCAGGCCUAAAAAAGAGGGACGAAUAAGACUGGCCGGGAAAACCCAAAAGGCUCACAGGCAGUCAAGAGAAGAUAGAUUCUGGGAAUCUGUGUAG